AUGAACCCUGCUCAGAAGACCCUGUACAGAGAUUUCAUGCUGGAGACCUACAGCCAUCUCGUCUCAGUAGGAUAUUGUGUUACCAAACCUGAUGUGAUAUUCAAAUUGGAACAAGGUGAAAAGCUGUGGUCCUUGGAGGACAAAUUGCUAAACCAGCAGGAACCAGGACAGAAGCCCUAUGAAUGUAAUGACUGUGAGAAAACAUUUGCACAUAAUUCAACCCUCAGAGCACAUCAGAAAAUUCACACUAGAGAGAAACUCUAUGAAUGUGGGGAGAAACCCUAUGAGUGUACUAUAUUUGGAAAAACAUUUGCCCAUAAUUCAACACUCAGAGUACAUCAGCGAAUUCACACAGCUGUAAAGUCCUAUGAAUGUAGCGAGUGUGGAAAAACAUUCUUCCAGAAUUCACACCUUAGUGCACACCAGAGAAUUCACACAGGGGAGAAACCUUAUGACUGUAUGAAUGCAGGAAAGCUUUUGCUCAAAAUUCAACUCUCAGAAUAA